AUGUGGAUUCCACCGAGAGAAUGUUCGAUACCGUUCGCUUUAUGGGUGAACGAAACAACGAAAACAUCGUCCCGCUACUUCCUACUACAGCACCGGAAGGGCCAUGGAAGCCUGCGGGGACUUUCAUCAAUGCUGGUAGGUACGUUGGAUAAUGUCUUGGACACGAAACCAUCGCCGUAUAGGAUUCUGCAUUACCAGCCCUCGACAGGCUUGUGCUAUGAAAUCGCCGCUGACAUCACACUGGAAGCGAUCAUGCAGGACUGGGAAUGGUUGGCCAAGAAUUUGUUUCGCGUAAUCAACGAGAUGGAAACGGAGGAAGAGAUCACAAACUUUACUAUCUGCAAGAUACAAUCCCUGCUAGCGCACAGUUCCCGGUCAACCGAGGAACAGAACGAUCCGACCAGCUUCCAGGUGGCCGUAUUCAAGUUUCGCGAAAAGUUCCGCAUGCCAGAGGACGAGAAGUUGGUUAACUACUACUACUGCAGCUACUUCCGCAAAAUUCCCCGCCAAGGCCAGCUUUACCUGUCGUUAAAUCACAUUUGCUUUUAUUCGUAUAUACUCGGGUCGGAAUGUAAGCUUUGUUUGCGGUACAAUGAGCUGACCGAUAUCAAGAAAUCCGGCAACACGAUCACGGUGCGAGCCGGGCAGCAAAGCAGCAAGGAGUAUACGUUCAUGUUUCUGUAUUCGCCCAGUGAGGCAUACCAACUGAUCGAGCAGCUGAGCAAGUUGACGAUGCAAAAAAUGAUCCAGGACCCAGACCGACCUAUAGUAGACCAUGAUCCAGUCUUACCAAAAAAGAUGGAAAAGAAUGUGGUACAGAAAACGCAGCUGUUACGAGAUCUGACCACACGGCAGCAGUCGGACGAGUAUCGGAUACAUUUCCGCUUGCCGAAAACGGAAAUCCUGGAUGGCAUGAUUAAAGCAUCGCUGUGGGCACCGUACAACAAGAAACACAUAAAUGGGAUGCUCUAUCUGUCUCAGAACUAUCUAUGCUUCAAGAGUGAAGUGACCGCAAUGGUGGCCCUGGUCAUUCCGUUAAGUAACAUACUGAGUGUAGAGAAAACUGAUGAUCCUCACAAUAGAUAUAGCAACAGAAUUAUCAUCACCACAUCCGAUCUAAAUAUUUUUGUGCUCCAGCACAUUUUGGAUCGCGAGUUUUUGAUAAACAAAAUUUCGGAGCUGGUUUCCAAAACUGUAGCGCCAACACGUGUCCGUAGCGACUUGGAUUGGGAAAAGCAGGAACCCCUAAUGCAUCUCUUCAAGGAUCCGAACAAUCAUGAAUUCGAUGAUCUGCAGGCUGAAAAGAUGAAACGCUGGGAGGAGCACUUUUCGUUGUACGGACGCGGCAUCUCGAUGCUCCGUACCACCGAUACAAUCAAUCUCGUGAUAGAAGGCAUUCCUGAUGAACUGAGGCGUGAGGUGUGGCUAAUCUUCUCUGGUGCGACCCAUAUGAAGAUGAUGCACCCGAAUUGCUACCAGCAGCUGGUCACGAAGGCGAAGGAUCAGAGUCCGGUUUCGUUCGAGGAGAUCGAGCGUGAUCUCCAUCGUUCGCUGCCGGAACAUCCAGCCUUUCAGACGAGCAUUGGCAUAACGGCUCUUCGUCGGGUGCUGCAGGCCUAUGCGUUGCGCAACCCCGAGAUUGGCUACUGUCAGGCAAUGAACAUCGUCUCGUCCGUAUUUCUCAUCUACUGUGACGAGGAGGACACGUUCUGGAUAUUGAGUUGUCUCUGCGAGUCGUUGCUGCCCGACUAUUACAACGAUCGUGUCGUCGGUGCCCAGAUUGAUCAGGGGCUGCUGGAUGAGCUGAUAAGUGACAACUUGCCGAACUUGCACGUGAAGCUGACCGAUCUUGGCAUGAUCCGGAUGAUUUCACUAUCCUGGUUUCUUACCAUAUUUCUCAGUGUGAUGCCAUACGAAAGCGCGCUGCACAUCAUCGACUGCUUUCUGUGUGACGGUGCGAAAGUGAUCUUUAUUAUAGCUUUAAAAAUUCUUGAAUGGAACCAAGAAAAACUGCUCAACUGCAAUGAUGACGGGGAGGCGAUGCAGCUGCUGUCCAACUUUCUAAUGGGCAUCUUCAACGAUGAAGUUCAGCGUAUCAAGAUCGAAGACAAGGAGAAACAGCAAAUCAAGAGUCAGUCAGUACAGACCCUUAUUUACGAAGCAUAUCUAAAGUAUGGCAAAGCAAUCACGUCGCAAAAGAUCGAGGAACUGAGGAACAAACACCGUCGAGUGACCGUCCACCAGCUGGAGAAGGAUUUGGAGAAUAGCGUGAUAAAAAAUUACAAAGACAACGGCUAUUUCGAUGGUGACGAGUUGCGCAUGCUGCUCUGCUACACGAAGGACGAAAAGAUCAGCGUUAAGAACCGAUCGCGGCCAACGUCAGUAAAUAGCAGCGAGCCCGUAUACGAUGUCCUUGUGCUGAAUGAUGCGAAGAAGCGUUUCCGAGACAACCGGUACGAUUGCUUCCGGGUCGAUUACGAGACAUUCCGUAGGCUGUUUGUAGAUCUAACACCAUGGGGCCACUGUCAAAACGUCGACAUCUCGGAGAAGCUGUUUCGACUGAUGGACAAGCAAUCGUGCGGUUAUCUCGAGUUCAAGCAGUUGAUCUUCGCGAUUGGUAUUAUCUGUUCGAAGCGGGCCACCGAGAAGCUGAAGCUGUUGUACAUCCUUCAUUUGCCGCCGCUGCUAUCGGCGCAAGAGCUGGAAUCGAGUAGCGGCGGUGAAUCUCGUGAUUCAGACACAGAGGUUGCAACCGAGGCGGAGAGCUUCUUCAGCGACAAUCCACUCGAGACGUUGAAAUCCUUGCCGUCCCCGAUCGACAUCAGUUUGGAGGCGUCUUCAGACGUCGAGAAUUUGUCGCUGUCACAGUUUAACGCCGUCACGCCAAACUUGUCGAUGGAUGACACGCAUUCGACCUACGCAGAAACGUCGUCCAUUUUCUACGUCGAGUUGCCGACUGCGGCCGGCCCAAGUGGUGGCGGUGCCGCGUCAUCGGACACACCCAGCAACAACGCAUGCGAGGUGGAAUCUUUCGGUUCCCGGUCGGACAUAAGCGAUCUUGGAUUCCAGAGGUACAACAGCAUGGAGGAGGGAGGAAGCCGCCGCACCGGCCAGGGAAACGAAGCACGAAGCAUCAGCGGUCUUCGGAUUUUUCUCGAUGAGCCGGAUUCAAACUUUACGUACAAAACCAUUCCGAACAUGACGCAGAAGAACUUUUUCUCGUUGUGGACGACGCUGCUCGAAAUACUGAACAAGGAGUGCAAGGUGACCGACCAGAAGGUGCAAACGUCGUACCAAACGCUGAUCUCGCUGGGGGAAAAUACCGCCAUGAGUCGGCGAGACGACAGCAACGAUAGUUUUACUCAACUGGCCUUCCCAGCGGCAGUAGAGGGUGCCGAAGCGUUCGACCCGAAUGGUAAUCCGUCAUCGUCCAGCUCGGAACGCACACCAAGGCACAGCACGGCCAACGCACCGCCGGAAGCGGCUUGGGAAAUUUCGCUCAACCAGUUCGUCGCGACCGCCAUGUCCGUCGGUGUCAUCGAUGAACAGUUUUCCCUUCCGUUCUCGAUCAAAUCGCGCGUCGAAACGCUGCAAAAGAACCGGCGAAAGUGCAAAAGCUAAACAGUUCUCAAUCUCUCUCUAUCUGUCCAUUUCACCAGCUCCCCUGGCCUCUGUUCUGUUACCUGCCAACGCGAGAGAAUUCCGAAUCGCAGUCCCAGUCGCGACGCUUUCCGUUUUCUCCUUUAUCUCGGGCUGACGGUUUAUUUUCGUGCGGUUAAAAAUGUUACUGUUAAGGCGCGAUUCAGUUGCCACGUGGCCGCAACCCCGGUUGGGUGCUAUUUGUUAAUAUUUGCGGCUAAUGUUGUUAUAGUAAUUGUCUGCUUUCGGCUGUCACCUGUUUUCUUUCUCAAUAAUGAUGUAAAACAGUCUUGCGAUAACGGGCACGCUGCUCAAAAAUUGCAUAGAGUAUCCUUUAAACCUUGGUUAAGCUUGCCUAGCUGAUCGUGCAACGGAUAAGUGGCGAUAGUAGUUAGUUUUUGCGCAACAAAAUGAAAGAGGAAUUAGAUAUGAAAGCCAUGUUAUGUUCUUUACUCGUUACCUGAUCCUGUGCCCGAUGUUAAUGGUUGCUCGCCCGGAAAUAGACGGCCAUCAGGAUGAGGUGGAUGGCACAGGAAAUGUAAGAGCAGAUCCCAGACAGGCUUACCAUGGCUUUUUUCUGUGCGGUAAUCGUUUCUUCUUGGAAGAGAAUAUGCAAACACACACACACAUUCUAUAGGAAGCUAUUUUAUGAGAGAAAAAUAAAAAAAUCUAGCUAUAAUCCGUUUUGUUUCAUUUAAAUCAUCCGAAUAAACGUUUCGAAAAGCAAGCUAUAGCAUUUAGAUUGAUGCCAAAUUGAUAUUUAGACACAUUUUGGUAAUGUUUCAUUGAAUAGACUCAAGCUUAACAAGGAACAGAGUGAUUUGUUUGAUUUCCGUAUGCAUGUU